CUCACGCUUUUUGCACUGCCCACAGGAUUCCUGUGCCUGCGGUCAGCCCAGGCCAUCCCUUUCCUGGUGGGUGUCCUCACCCUCGGCGUGGUGCAUCACACCCUGACUGUGAAGGGCAGUCACCUGGCCAGCCACAAUGCCUUGACUGAGUCCAAGUCCUGGGGCAAAGUGUGGGCCAUCUUCUUUAUUGAGCUCUGCUCAGCCUUCACGGCUGAGCAAGGCACAUACAACCAUGUGAAGAUGCACCAUGGCUACACCAACAUCAUCGGCCUGGGGGACUCCAGCAACUGGAAGGUUCCAUUCUACGUCUACAUGUUCAUCGCACCUCUCGCAGUGCCCAUCAUAACACCUCUGGUUGCUCUUGAUUUGUUGAGGAACGUGGAGUGGAAAACAGCUCUCCGGACCCUUUGCUGCAUGUUUCUGGGUCUUUACUGCCAUUAUUGGUUGCUGCUCCAUGUCUCAGGCUUCCAGUCACCGUGGUCUGCCCUGCUCUGCAUGCUGCUCACCCGCUCCCUCCUGGCCCAUCCCUACAUCCACGUCAACAUAUUCCAGCACAUCGGCCUCCCCAUGUUCGCGGCUGAUCGGAAACCCAAGCGGAUCCACCUCAUGAGCUUGGGCGUCCUCAACCUGCCUCGCAAUGCCCUGCUCGACUGGUCCUUCGGCCACUCACUCAUCAGCUGCCACGUGGAGCAUCACCUCUUCCCCAGCCUCUCCGACAACAUGUGCCUGAAGAUCAAACCCAUCGUCUCCCAGUAUCUGAAGCAGAAGAAGCUGCCGUACAACGAGGACACUUACACCUCCAGGCUCCGGCUCUUCCUCCAGAGAUACGAAGAGCUGAUGGUCCAGGCUCCCCCCAUAACGGAGCUGGUGGGCAUCCAGUGA